UAUUAGCGUACGGUCACAUUGUACGGAAUGUGAUAAUAAGUUGAUAUUUUGUUUUGAAUAAUGUCAUUACUGUUGGGCGCCUGCCGGCGAUUUAAAUAUGGGUACAUGCACACGAGAUAUGCCUCCACAGAAGUGGCAGCAGCAGCUACAGCUGCCGCACAGCUCUCCAAUGCCAGCGGCAUGGUCGGCUUCUGGCAAACACUAUCGAACAGCACGCCGGUGGCCUAUAUACAAGAUGCAUUGAUCCAAAUACACGAUUAUAGUGGCUUACCCUGGUGGUCCGCUAUAGUGUUGUCCACAUUUCUGUUUCGCAGCGUUGUGACGUUGCCUUUGACCAUUUAUCAGCAUAGGAUCACAGCACGCAUAGAAGGCAUUGCCCUGGAAAUGCCAGCAAUAGUGGAAGAGCUCAAAAGAGAGGCGGCGAUGGCCAAACAGAAAUUCAAAUGGAGCGACAAGCAAACGGCAGUUGUUUACAGGAGAUCGAUCAAGAAACAAUGGCAGAAACUCAUUAUACGAGAUAAUUGCCAUCCCAUGAAGACAAUCAUUGUGUUGUGGGGACAAAUACCUUUGUGGAUUUGCCAAUCGGUUGCCUUGCGGAAUUUGGUUUAUAUGCUGCCCGAUCCUACAUCGUUGAAGGCCCAAAUCGCGGCAACAGAGCUAACCAUUGGGGGCUUUGGUUGGAUUCCCAAUCUGACAGUUGUAGAUGGAUCUUAUAUACUGCCUGUUGCACUUGGCCUCAUCAAUUUGGCCAUCAUAGAGGUGCAGACAAUGACGCGUACGCGUCCUCAAACACGUCUGCAGAACAUAGCUAAUAAUGUCUUUAGAGGAUUGAGUGUACUAAUGGUGCCUAUUGCUUGUACUGUGCCCUCAGCCCUUUGCGUCUAUUGGGUGGCUUCCAGUUCCUUCGGCUUGGCCCAAAAUCUGCUGUUGCUCUCGCCGGAAGUGAGGCGAGCUGUGGGAAUUCCCAAGACGCAAACGGAGCUCGAGCAGCCGUACGAUCAGCUCUGGCUGAAGAUACAAAAACGGGCAAGAAUAUUAGAAGAGAUGUCUGCUGACAAGUCGACCAACAAGUGAGCGCCAUGAGUCUUAUAUAUAGUAUAUUGUAAAUAUAUAUAUUCAUUCUGUUAAGUUUGCCUAGUUCGUUUAUUUGUCAUGUAAAUAUAAAGAGUUUGUAAACAAA